AGCAAACGGAGACGACAUUGUCGCCAUCAUUAUCGCCGUCGCCAUAACGAAAGAUUCAUACGAAGCAACAGAACAGCAAGCAACACAGCAGGAAGAGUUUUUUUCGUGUUCGAGUAGCCAAAAGACAAAACGUUUUGUGGUUUGCAGCUGCAGUUGAAGUGCAGUUCAAGUCCAUUGAGAUUGUAAAUAAGAAUCCAAUUAAUAUUGGGUAAAUGCGUCGUAUACGUAAUACCCUAAACUAGAAAACUAAAAAGCAUUUAACACCAGUCCCUCAAAAAGAAGUAAAGAGAAAAAACAAUCUUAGCUAAAGGUUGGUUUUAUGUGACAGUUUCCGUUCGUUGAGUUUUUGAAAAUUGUUCAAAAAACGCAAGCAGAAGCUGUCGUGAAACGUGACAGAGCGGACAACGGAAUUCCGCGCCAAGAGGUAUCAAAACAACAGCAACAGGAAGCGGGCUGAGGAAAUCAACCAGUCAGCCAGGGAACUAGGCAGCAUCCUAGGGGUGCCAAUUGUGCAGCAAAACGCUCUUCAGGAUUAGCCCACGUCUAGGAGCAGUAGAAUCAGCCGUAGUAGCAACAACUUGAAUUGUAUACAUAAGUUCCUUUGUGCGCCAUGCACGACACAGCCGGCAAGCCGUCCCCCAUAGCCACGCCCACACAAUCGCCAAUGGCGUCGGCAGAUCCUAGUACAGUACCAGCAGAUGAUGAGGACGAAACCGAUGUGAUUGGCGAGCUGAUGGGUCACUAUGGCAAAUGGCAGCUGCUGAUGACGGUGCUGCUCUCACUGUUCCAGGUGCCAAACACCUUCCACAUAUCCUCAUCCAUCUACCAGGCAGCCAACAAGGAGUUCUGGUGCCAGCGACCACAGCAUCUACAGCAAUUGCCCAUCGAUGUUUGGCGGAAUCUAAGCGGCUCCCAGGACAACUGUCGUCGCAGGGCAGGCAUCGAUUGGAGCCAAUUGAGCAACGAUUCCCUGCCGACUCAACUGCAGCAACAGGCAGCUGCCUUGGGCGAUGAUGGCAAGCAUGUGGCCUGCAACAGCUGGGAAUACGAGACGAACGAUAAUGUGGGCAACACAUGGACUUCGCAGUGGGAUUUAGUGUGCGACAAGGAGCAUUUAAAGAACGUCGCCGAGAUGUUCUUUUUGCUGGGCGUUGCAACAGGUGGCAUCAUUUCCGGCUAUCUAUCGGACAAAUUUGGCCGCAAAACAAUGCUCUUCAUAUCGGCCGUGCUGCAGACCAUAUUCGGUCUUUGGCUCUGCUUCUGCAGUUCCUUUGAGCUAUACCUAACGUUGAGAGCGCUUUUGGGCCUUGUCUCUGUAUCUGUGACUUACUCGGGCCUCAUAUUAGCCAUCGAAUAUGUGGAUGGCAAAUGGCGAACUAUAGCCGGCAUGUACAAUCUGUUUCCACUGCCCAUUUCGUAUAUGAUGAUCUCUGGAUUGGCAUAUUUGACGCAGGACUAUCAACGAUUGCAGCUGUGCAUUGGCAUUCCCGGCAUUUUCCUUUGUUUUCUCUGGUUUGUGGUGCCGGAAUCGCCGCGCUGGCUGCUGGUCAAGGGUCGCAUUGAGGAAGUGCGACGCAUCAUUGAGGCGGCGGCUAGUUUCAAUGGACGACAAUUACCAGCUGAUUACCAACUGACGCCGCCAACGCAGGAGAGCAGUACACAGGACGUCACAUAUCUGUUUCGAUCCAGCUAUCUGAGGCGCAUCUCCAUCUGUUUCCUCUGCAUUUGGUUCACCAUCAAUUUGAUCUACUAUGGCCUCAUCUUGAACAUGAGCUCGUUCGGUGGCAAUGUCUAUUUGAAUUCGGCACUAGCUGGCCUAGUCGAAAUACCCGCCAUUGCGGUGGCCAUGUACAUUAUCACCAAGGUGGGCAAGAAGUGGCUCUUUUGCGCCACAUUGUUUUGCACCGGCGUCGCCUGCUUCUGUGCUGCGAUGACCGAGGGGCGCGAGGAUCUGCUCUGGCUGAAGAUCACAUUCCUGAUGAUGGGCAAAUUUACGAUCAGUGCUGGCAAUACCAUAAUGCCCGUCUAUACCGCGGAACUCUAUCCGACGAUAAUACGCAAUGUGGGAGUGGGUGCCUGCAACAUGGCAGCCGGAUUGGCGCUCAUUCUAACGCCCUAUUUAUCGCUUUUGAACAAAAUCGAGGGCCACCUAUUAAUGACCCUACUAACCGCCUGGAGUAUUUUUGGUGGCUUCGUUGUACUCUUCCUGCCUGAGACAGCGGUGCGAAAAAAUGCAGCCACUACGGAAAGUCGCCAGGCGAAUGCAGCAAAGCAGGUGUAAUAAAUUACAGAGACCCUCGAGUCGUCGUCCCGUUUGUCAUCAAGGAUACAUUUUGGCUGGUCCAAAAUAAGCACACAGGCUACCAGAGAACUACUUACUUACAACAACCAGAAUAAGAACAUGAACACCAAGAAGAACAAAACACAACCAACAAUCAACAACCAACCAAUAAUCGAUGCCCAGCCCCGAUUUGACAUAUCCACCGCCUCAGCCACCGCCACCUAAUUCUAUCUGUAUCUGUAUCUCUAACUAUAUCCGUAUCUGUAUCUGUAUCUGUAUCUGUAUCUGUAGUCGAGGAACUCAAGUAAAUAGCGCAAUUUAUCGAAUGUCCAUUAAAUGCCAUAGAGCGAAUUGUCAGGCAGGACCUUAUUUGCGCCGCAAGUAGUGAGUAUUUAAUAAACAAAUUUAAAAGUAAUAACUAACAUUGGCUUUUAGCUUAUACUAGUAAUAAGAAAAUAAGAACACACAUAUUGUAAACCAAGUCACAACUCGGUGUAGGUUUUUUUUGCCUUCGGUGCUAUCGAAGCUCACAGAUUUCACAUAAAUUGAAAUGAAAAAACCCGAUUUUUGUGAAAUUCUGUGAAAAUUAUUAUCUUGUUAAAAUGCAUGUAAAAGUAUUGCUAAAUUAUUAACUCUAUCAACAACGCAAUGAACAAAACAGCUAAAACAGCAAAAAAUACAAUAACUAAUUAUCCUUGUCAAUAUAUGCAUAAUCUCGUUGUUGUUGUCUCGUCUUCGUUAUGCUUGGUUAAAUGUUUUUUAAAAUAAAUCAAAUAAUAUGAAUACAAAAAAACACAAAUAAUUAUGCAAUUGAAAGUGAAAAAUGUAAUCUCUGGUAAAUGUAGUCAAUUAAUCAUUAGAAUAAAUACCUAUAUAUACA